CGCGCCCGCUGGGCCGCCGUCUCCGCCUGUCGCUGGCUCCGCGGCCGCCGGCUCCGAGGAAAAGAGGGCAGAGGGGAGGGGCAGGCGGCGUCCGGGAGGGAGGCACCGGGCCACAGGCCAAGACGACCGGGGUCACAAUUUGGGUUUGUAGCAAAGAUGCUUUCAGAACAGACUGCAGCCUUGGGGACAGGAUGGGAGUCAAUGAGUGUUCAGCUGGAUGGAGCAGAGCCCCAGGUGGAAAGGGGAAGCCAGGAAGAGGGGCCAUGGAGGACAGCACCAGGGCCACUGGAGCACCUGUGCUGUGACCUUGAAGAGGAGCCACAGUCGCUUCAGGAGAAGGCUCAGUCGGCUCCCUGGGUUCCUGCCAUUCCCCAGGAAGGGAGCACUGGAGAUUGGGAGAUGGCAGCUGCACUGCUUGCAGCUGGAUCACAGGGCCUGGUAACCAUCAAGGAUGUGUCACUGUGUUUCUCUCAGGAGGAGUGGCGGAGCCUGGACCCUUCUCAGACAGACUUUUAUGGAGAAUACGUCAUGCAGGAAAACUGUGGGAUAGUAGUCUCUCUAAGAUUUCCAAUCCCCAAACUGGACAUGCUUUCUCAACUAGAAGGAGGGGAAGAGCAAUGGGUUCCUGACCCCCAGGACUUAGAAGAGAGGGACAUUCUGAAGGUCACAUAUACAGGAGAUGGAAGUGAGCACGAAGGGGAUACCCCUGAACUAGAAGCAGAACCUCCCAGAAUGUUAUCUAGUGUGUCUGAAGAUACCGUUCUCUGGAACCCAGAGCAGGAUGAGAGCUGGGAUUCCAUGCCCAGGAGCUCCAGAGGCAUGCUCCUUGGCCCACCAUUUCUUCAGGAAGAUAGCUUCUCAAACCUUCUGUGUAGCACAGAAAUGGAUUCCCUGUUAAGACCGCACACGUGCCCCCAGUGUGGGAAACAGUUUGUGUGGGGCUCCCACCUUGCCAGGCACCAGCAAACACACACUGGGGAGAGGCCCUACAGCUGCCUCAAGUGUGAGAAGAGCUUUGGGAGAAGACAUCACCUGAUCCGACACCAGAAAACCCACCUACAUGACAAACCCAGCAAGUGCUCUGAGUGUGGCAAGAAUUUCCGAUGCAACUCCCAUCUGGCCAGCCACCAGAGAGUACAUGCAGAAGGCAAGUCCUGCAAGGGCCAAGAGGUUGGAGAGAGCCCUGGGGCUCGGAAGCGGCAGCGCGCUCCCCCAGUGCCGAAGUGCCACGUGUGCACUGAGUGUGGGAAGAGCUUUGGCCGACGGCACCACCUGGUGAGACACUGGCUGACGCACACCGGGGAGAAGCCCUUCCAGUGCCCGCGCUGUGAGAAGAGCUUCGGCCGUAAACAUCACCUGGACAGGCACCUGCUGACCCACCAGGGACAGAGUCCCCGGAGCAGCUGGGACAGAGGGACAUCUGUCUUUUAAAAUCUGUUUCUGUUGCAGCUGUGGUCACAUCUUUCAACCGGUGCUACCAGGAGUCUCUGCCAGAGCUGACCCUCUCCUGCAUCCCCGUGGCCAGAGUCAUGAGUCCCAGUCCAUCCCUAGAAAGAUGAGGUUCCAGCAUUGGCCAGAGUAUUUCUCACCAGUUCUAUGAGAUGCCACAUAAAGUAGAGUUCUUUGGGCAAAACUUUUGGGAAACAGUGCCUACUGCAUGGGCUGAUAUUCAGCCUGAGCCCAUUCUCCAGGGUACAGUGGUACCAGCAGUUUUUGGCUAAGGCCCAAACUGCUUGGAUUGGUUGGUUGGAGCUUAUGCCAUACCAGUCGUUAAAUAUUUUGAGUAUCACCCUUCCAUAACAUAACUAUUCUCUCUCUCUCUCUCUUUCUCUUUCUCUCUCUCUAUAUAUCUAUAUCUACAUCUAUAUCUAUCUAUAUAUAUACAUAUAUAUAUAAAGAGAAAGACCAUAUUGGCAUAUUAAAGGCUCUGAAAAUUUAUGCAGUAGAGCAAAUGGUUAAGCCUCUUUUAAUGCAGUGUUUCCUAAAUUUAUUUGACUUCAGUAUCCUUUUUAUCUCAUAUCCCACAGAACUGGUGACUCCAUGAAACAUACUGGUGAACACUGGGUUAGAGAGUAACGAGGAAACAGGAAAGAGAUAGUGAUCAGGCACCCAGAGCCCCCUUUUUUAUCCAGAUGAAAGCUGAGGGGCCGACCUUCUUAUUGUGUGGGCCCAUCAUCCUUACACCGAUCAUCUGAACAUACAUCCACACCUCUCACCCAACCUGCUGAAAAACAGAAACAAUAACCUUCUCACCCCUAUUCCUGCUCCCUUCACCCUGCGUAUACAUAUAUCCAGCUGAGAGACCACACUACAGUGCUAAGAGAUGGACCUUAUACCCCCAAGUAACCCAGGCCCACACAGAAGAAAAAUACUUUAUCCCCUUGAACAGACCCCUUUCCUCUUGACAGUGUCUUUAUGUGUCUGUGUAUCUGUGUGCAGGGUCUUUGAAGAGAGCAUGCAAAGUGCAAACUGUAUAAGCUAGAUUUUCUAGGGGCUAUGUUCUGGGGAUGAGGGUAGUGGGGAUUGUAAGGAUUUUUUUGUUUUGUUUCAAGAUAGUAAGUAAGCUGAGUGAUCAAGGGAGCCCUAGUGGAAAGGGUUAAGUUGUGGGAGUUGAGAUAUAAAGCCUUCCCCAGUAUCACUGAGAUCAAGACAACUGUGGAUAUUUAAGUCUAGGUCUGAAUCUCUGGGCCACAGAUUCUUUUUGCCAAAGUGGAGAGAGAAAGAGACAUCCUCAGUGAGGUGAGCUGUUUCUUAAUUGAUUUUAAGCAAGGUACAUUUAGAAGCUUUGUGCUUAGUGGAUUUUUUGGUCUUGUUUGAAGUGCUGCGAAAUUAAGGCAGGAGUCACAGUGCCUGCAGGUUGUUAUCGUCACUCUUGUUUGACCUUGACUGCCUCAUCAAGGGGGCAGAGUUAUUCUUGUGGAUCUCAUUCCCCUAAACAGAACUUUAGGGGAAAUGGCUGUGGCUUAGCUAUUCAGCUGAUGCAGGGUAAUGAGCUUUCUGGUUGAUUUUCCUCCCAAUUCUGGAAAGGUGUCUGCACUAAGACUCUUAACUCCAGAACUUGCAUAAGUAUUCUAGCAUCCAUUAGUUGAUGAGUUGGUCAUUGUUUCUCUUUGUUGAUGAUGUGUUAAUACCAAUCUUAUCAUUUAAAAAUUACCUUGUAUGUAAGAACAGUUUGGGGUUAGGGAGGGAGAAAAGCAAAGAGGAUGGAAGUGGGAUAUUUUCUCUUUAAUGCUUAGAUUCCGGUUUUUCCUUAACACACGUUUCUCAACCACAGUUGGUGGAAUUAACCAGAGAGGCAAGAGGAAGUUAGCUGCAACAGUCUAGUUUAAUGACUGUUCCACUUCCUUAGGAAAAACUGGGUGAAUCAUAGCUCCUUAGAGUCCUGGGCCCAAAUGGAGCCAAAAAUAGGGUCAUUUUGCUCACUGGGCUUCUUAGAGUGGAUAUGACUUGAGCAACCCAGCCCCUACCUCCCUUCUACUCAGAGCAACCUUCCCUCUUUGCCCAGAAUGUACUUCUCUUGCUUAUGUUCCUAUGAAUAGAGCAAAAUGGCCAGCCCUUUGUAAGGCAUCCUUGUCCCAGGUCCUCAGAGACAGGAGCAUUUUAGGAUCAGUAUUAGGAGAUGCCCCAGGGCACAGGAAAAUAUUGGGUUCCACUGGCAAAACUGGACUAUGCCAUUUCUUUUACCCUCCCACUAUGCCUCAUUCAUUAAUACACAUCAGCUCUUUGUGAGCAAUGGUUCAGUACCUGUUUUGGAUCACAGGCCCUUUUGAGAAUCUGAUAAAAACCAGAAACUCACUUUUGAGGAAAAAAAGAUCUUAGUAAUUCACUUAGUUUUGCAUACACAUUUAACAGGUUCAGAGCUCAUCCAUGGAGUCACUAAACAGGGGUCACAGAAAGGGAGUCACCCUGACCCAAUAUGGUCAUUAUAUAUUUGUGUCAAGAAUUACAAGGCAAGGAUCACUAAACAUUUUAAGGACUGAGAUACCAGAGGCAACAGGAUAUAAGGAGUGUCUAGCCUUUAAUGACUUGAAGGGUAGUGCUUACAUUCUACUCUAUGUUUUUUAAAAAAUUCAUAUGACAUGCUGACAAAUCCAGCUCCUCACGAACCUUGUUUUAAAGACUUGUAUGAGGUGACUGUCCGUACCAUCGGAUCAUGCCUCUUAACGACCAGGUGUUAACCUCCAGCCUUUGAUCUGCUUUAGUAAUUGUAAGGUGAGAAAAUGAAGCCCCCAAAGUGUAGGUGCACUCAUAGCACCCAACUGAAAGGCAGCAUGGCGUCUAAGGGCAUUCUGCAGAAGGGGCAUCCCUUUAGGUCAUUUCUGCUGUACUGCUGUCUUCUCUACCUCCGUCCAACACCACUUCCCUUGGACGAAAAAUAAAAUAAGCAACAGCCAUCAGCUGGGCAAAGAGAUUUGAGUGGUUUUUCCCACAGGGAAUACUCCCAUCUUCCUCCCAACUGCCUCUGCCACAUGUCUACCCUAUCCUAUCCCCUUUAAAUAAAAAAUAUCUCCGUGUUCUCUCUGAGCAAAAUGUAAAAUAGGGAAGUCCAUCUUUAGGGACCUGUCACCUUUUUCCCUCUGUGUGGUGCCUCUACCCUAUUCAGAGCCCAAGUAUCCUUGCCUUUCCACCCCAUCAGAGUAUCUCUGCAAAGAAUCCCUUACAAUGGAGAUUGUAACCAAAGGGUUAGCUUUCUCAGAACUAUCUACAUUUUAAACUGUAGUUCUGAUAGUGGAAGUGGAAAAGGGAAAAGAUUUUCCCUUGUUAAAGUGAUGUUACGCCUUCAGGGAGCAAAGGGGUGAUGACUGGGGACAAAAUCCUCCCUUUUCCAGCACUCCUACAGUCAAACCACUGUUUCCUAUUUCCAUCAAGGGCAAGGUGAGCCCUGACUCAGAACCAGAGGUUCCAGAAGACAAGUUCUUUCCAUCUCUGUUCAGUUGAGUACACUGGAUGGGGGUGAGUGGGGUUGGGCAACAACGGAAAAGUGAAAUCUAUUCCCUUAGGCCCCUUAGAGAUCCUGAGAUGGCAAAGUUUAAUUCUAUUCCUCAGAGUGCUGUACUAGGCCAUGGAUCUCAAAAUGCAAUCUUCGGACCAGAAGCAUCAAUAUCACCUGAAACUUGUCUUAGAAAUGCAAAUUCUCACCCUGGACAAACUGAAUCAGAAACUUUGGGGAUGGAACCCAGGAAUCGGUCUUUUAACAUGCCUUUUAACCAGGGUAUUUGAUGUAGGCUUAAGUUGAAGAACCACUGGCUAGGAGAUUCAAAUUCCAUUUUAAUCAGUGGUUCCUCACCGUCUUCAAAUAGGGAGAGAUGGAAUCUUCACACCCCUCUUCUCAGAUUUAUUUUCUGCAAAAUCCUAGGCUAGUUGCUCCUCAGUUCAAUUCCUCUCGAGUCCCAAGUUAUUCCCCCACCCUUAAGUCAGUGAAAGAACUGGGUUAGUCACCAAUUUCAGAAACUGUGGUGGGGUAACUACCAAGCUGUUGUAAUUGGUUGGGGCUGGAGCUUCUUAAAUGGGUAUUGAGAAUUCAUGGGUCUAGAAAUCUGAAAAGACAAAAAGGAGCAGACACCUCAAAGAAGGUAAAUCCAAUGUAAAACCGAAAAAUCCAAAGAAAUGGUCCUCCUUUGUUAGUUAUCUGGUCCUUUUUCAGGCCUAAUAAGUUGCCCUGGAGGUAGGCGGGGUGGGCAUUUAGCACAAAGGUAGAGAGUAAGGCCAUCUGUCCCAAGCCCCUAAGGACCCACGUAUUCCUACCCCACAAUUGCACUGGAGACCAAUAAGGGGCCAUGCAGAGGAUUCCUAACCAUGAUUUGGCCAACCCAAAUCAUGGGCAAGGGCAGCAGGAGUAUUAGAGAGCCCCCAGGACAUAAGAGGAAACCAGGGUCAUUUAGUAAGAUAUGACACAAGCAAGAUUUGAACCUAGACUCUGUUUACUAGGUAGAGGUUGUAACCAAUUAAGCCAUGGUACCUAUGUCAAAACUGCUUCCUCCUGCUUUGAAGAUUCUGUCCAGUUCAGGCUACAGGAAGGGAUCUGUCUUGCAGGCCCUGGCCCUAAUACCUCCUCCACCCCCUCUCCUAGACAUACCCAUGAAGAUAGUUGCAAACCUGCCACCUCUGUGGGGCUCUGCAGCGUCAGAAGGUUAGAGUGAACCCAGGUUUCUUUGGGGGAGGCAAUCAACCCCUGUCUCCUAAGGCAGAGAAGGGUGGCUACAGCUUUCUUCAAUUCCAGGCCUCAGGCUCUCCCUCUCUCCUUUCCUGCCACAGCCUCCAUCCAGUAAGCAGAGCUCUUCCUCCACUCUUCACUCCCACUUCUGUUUUUCAGUUGGUUUGGCUUUUCUGUUUUGUUUUGCCUGGGGAAUGCCACACCUUUCCAAGGGUAUUUGUUCUUCCCAAUUCCUAUCCUUUUUCCAUUAUAGUUUCUCACUUCAAGUUUCUAGCCAAUUCCAUUCCAUCGUGAGCCCACUUGCUACCUGUCCCUCUGCCUAUCGUCCCGUUUCUUUUCUGUCAUCUUCAAGCCUAAGUAGAGUCCAUUGCUCCUAUUUCCCACUUUCUUCCCUCAGAUUCUUGGCUUGGCUGUAGCAUCUCAGCUGCCAUCUCCCCACUCUACCUCUCUCUCUCAUACACAUCUCCGCACAUCUGGACUUGGCCAAGGUUGCCUGUACUGCCAAAUCCAGGCUCUUUACUCCCUCCCUACAGGCUCUUCUUCCCUUGAUGAAGUUUCCAUUUUUUGCAUGCUUACUACGUCCCAGGCACUGGCUGUCCCAGGCCUGGGAGACUGAGUAUGGUGAUGGCCCCUGUACUUAGCAUGUUCCUCAGCCGACCCCUCCACUGCCACCACUUUCCUGCCACACCUCAGGACACUGUGCGCCAAGGGACCCUCUUCCAGGCAACUCUGGGGGUGUAUGCCCACUGGCCAUCCAGCCCAACAGCCUAGUGCCUGCCAGAUUUCUAGCUAUUGUCUGACUUGGUUCCCUCUGAUGGACAGUGAACUUCCCAUUGAUUACCCAACCAGGGACCUUCAUCUGUAUCUUUAGAGAUCUAUAAUACAGUAUGAUCCCUGUCAGUUGAAUAAAGGAUGUAUUGGCUGUGUCGCUGACUUCCUUUCUCCAUCCUCUCCUCUCCCUUCCAUUCUCAGCUCUUCUCUCCUGAUAAAAAGGCUGCAGCAGAGUGGGAAACACCAGAUGGCUCCAGGGGGAGUCACGCAGCCAUGCAGGAGCCCCCUCGCUGCCCCUCCCAAAACACACACCUCAAGAUACCACAAGUUAGGUCUCCCCACCUCCCUCCUAGUGUCUUGGCUCCCAGAUGUCACUCCCAACAACUAGGGAGGCAACCCAUUCUGGAGCCUCAGGGAGCAGAGUGCUGAGCAGGCCGGGCCAAGGGUGAGCUGAGUGAGGGCCUAGCACAUGAAUUUAAGGACGCCUUCCAUCUCAGGGUCGUUUAAGGGCUGAUCCACUCUUGAGAGACCCUUAGAGUGCUGAGCCUGAGUCUGGAGCCUGAGGUGGUGGUAGUGACUGAACUGACCCCCUAGACAAAUUUGCAAUUAUUGGAGGUUUGGGGGGAGCCAGAGGAAACCUGCACAGAUGGGGUUAGACAGGAACUGGGUCCACCAGAUGCAUUCACCUUUGAGCGUGAAGAGGAUGGGCAUCUGGUAGAGGGUAUCAAGAGGACAGGGUAAGAAACAGUGUGGGGAAAAAACAUGGAAACCUGGCCUGGGUAAAACCACCAGCCUGUGACCCACUGACAUGGCCUCUCACCCAUGGAGCUUCACUGGGGUGGGGAGAGGGAAUCACUUUGCAGGCAUUGGGUGCAGCCCAAAGGCUUUGCUCUUCUUCAUGGGAGUUGCCUUCAAGAGCUUCAGUCCUACUGCUUAGGGGGUGAUCUGCCUCUGCAGCUUUCUUAACACCAGCCAGGCUGUUUUGCUACCUGCCUCGUACUGCAUAUGUUUCAUUAUUUUCUUGCGUUCACUCUUACUUCCCCCCCCACCCAGGCACUUGGAGUAAAACGUUUGACAUGUCUGAUCUUUCCCCUAACCAAAAAGGGGAAGAGGGAAGGAACUGACAGAGGGAGGAGAAACACAACUGUGAUUGUUCAUUGAUGGGCCUGUUCUCUCAGCCAGUUCCAGUGGUCGACUGAAAUCCUGACUUCCUUCUACUUACUCUCCUAUCAGUGUCUUUCCUAGCAUUGACAGGACUCAUGCUGACACUCCGUCAGUCUUCAGUUCCUCUCUUCCAAAUUCUUUGGCUUUUUUAAAGUCCUUUCCAGCAUGGUGUCCAUCAAUUAACUCCCCAAGCAACCUGUCUUCCUGUCCUUGCUAGGCCCUUAGGUUUUGGCUGGAUCUGCAGCCCAACCAGACAGCCUUGCCAUGUUAGAAGUCCUCAGAGGAGAAAGAAGAAUAGGAGAAAUCUAUUGCUUUGAGACCACUGACAAAUGGAAAUAUUUUCAUGUUCUGAAAACACACUCCCCCCAAUGUGUUGGAGAACACUUUUCCCUACAAGAAACCGCUAAAUUAUUAAAACACUCAAGUGUAUAAAUGAAUUCUAAACUUCUGACCUUUCCCUACAUAAAAAAAGAUGUAGAGCUAAUGAGUAGAUGGUGAGGCCCCACUCAACAUCUAUAACUGUAGUGAAGAGAGCACUGGAUUUGCAGUUAAAAGUCAAUUUCUAAAUUGUACAUUUUCUAAACAUUAGCUUUUUAAUUUAAAAUCUAAGAGAUUGUAGUGAAGUAAAAUGAAAUAGUGCAUGCGAAAGUAUAAACCACCUUAUAAACGAAAAAGCUAUAACUGACAAUUAUGUGGAAAUUUCUACCUUCUUUUUGAACAAGUUACAAUUUAUACGAAUCUGAAAAUGUGUUAAAUGAAACACAUUUCUAUGUGUUUCCUACAAUUCCCAUCACCUUCCCUCACAAUAGAGAACCACUUAGAUUUUUUGUGUGUAAUCUUCCAGAGUUUCUUUAUACAAUUGCAAAGAGAUAUGUUUUCCUUCAUUUUACACAAAAGGUAGUCUGUAUACUCAAUGUCUUGAAUUUUUUCCACUUAAUUUAUCUUGGGGAGCUUGUCAUAACAAUACAUAGAGAAUCUCCCCCUUUUUGUAGCUGUAUGCUGUUUCACUGUAUUGAAGGUUCACAGUUUAACCAGUCCCCUAGUGAUAUUUCCAUUAAUAUCAUUUAGUGCAAUGCUGCAGUAAAUACCUUGGACAUAAGUCUUUUCACAAAUGCAUUAAUAUCUAAAAGGUAAAUUCCUAAAAGUGGUUCCACUGGGUCAAAGGACAUCUGAAUUUGUAAUUCUGAAAGCCAAAUUUCUUCCACUGGGGUCAUGGAGAUUUACACUCCCACUAGCAUUGUAUGUGAGUGCCUGUUUCCCCACAGCCUCACCAAUGGAGUAGGUUCUUAAACAUUUUAGAUUAAAAAUGCUG